GGAAGUCCCUCCUGCGCCCGACGGCGGAAGUUCCGGGAGUGCUAAGUACCCGCGUGCAUACGGCAGCCGGCAUGGCGCAUUACAAUUUCAAGAAAAUUACGGUGGUGCCGUCAGCCAAGGACUUUAUAGACCUCACGUUGUCGAAGACUCAACGAAAGACUCCAACUGUUAUUCAUAAACAUUACCAAAUACAUCGCAUUAGACAUUUUUACAUGAGAAAAGUCAAAUUUACUCAACAGAAUUACCAUGAUAGACUUUCACAAAUUCUAACAGAUUUCCCUAAAUUGGAUGAUAUUCAUCCAUUCUAUGCUGAUUUGAUGAAUAUUCUCUACGACAAGGAUCAUUACAAGUUGGCUCUGGGGCAAAUAAAUAUUGCCAAAAAUUUAGUGGACAAUGUUGCUAAAGAUUAUGUGCGACUGAUGAAGUACGGCGACUCUCUCUACCGCUGCAAACAGCUGAAGCGCGCGGCCCUGGGACGGAUGUGCACGGUGAUCAAGAGGCAGAAGCAGAGUUUGGAGUAUUUGGAGCAAGUGCGUCAGCAUUUAUCCCGUUUGCCAACCAUUGAUCCGAAUACCAGGACCCUGCUUUUGUGUGGGUACCCAAAUGUUGGGAAGUCCAGCUUCAUCAACAAGGUGACGAGAGCAGACGUGGAUGUCCAGCCCUAUGCAUUCACAACCAAGUCUCUGUUUGUUGGGCACAUGGAUUAUAAGUAUCUACGUUGGCAGGUUGUAGACACUCCUGGGAUCCUGGACCACCCUCUGGAGGAUAGGAACACCAUCGAGAUGCAGGCCAUCACUGCCCUGGCCCACCUCCGUGCUGCAGUCCUGUAUGUGAUGGAUUUGUCUGAGCAGUGUGGGCACGGGCUGAGGGAGCAGCUAGAACUCUUCCAGAACAUCAGACCUCUCUUCAUCAACAAGCCUCUCAUAGUUGUAGCCAACAAAUGUGAUGUGAAGAGAAUAGCUGAACUUUCUGACGAUGAUCAGAAAAUAUUUACAGAUUUGCAGGCUGAAGGAUUCCCGGUAAUAGAGACCAGCACCCUGACUGAGGAAGGUGUUAUUAAAGUUAAAACAGAGGCUUGCGAUAGACUUUUGGCUCAUCGAGUGGAAACCAAAAUGAAGGGAAAUAAAGUGAAUGAGGUGCUGAAUAGACUGCACCUGGCUGUCCCAACCAGGAGGGAUGAUAAGGAGAGGCCCCCUUUCAUCCCUGAAGGAGUGGUGGCUCGCAGGAAGAGGAUGGAGACUGAGGAGCCCAAGAAGAAGAGGGAACGAGAUCUUGAGCUGGAAAUGGGAGAUGAUUAUAUUUUGGAUCUUCAGAAGUACUGGGAUUUAAUGAAUUCGUCUGAAAAACAUGAUAAGAUACCAGAAAUCUGGGAAGGCCAUAAUAUAGCUGAUUAUAUUGAUCCAGCCAUCAUGAAGAAAUUGGAAGAAUUAGAAAAAGAAGAAGAGCUGAGAACAGCUGCUGGAGAGUAUGACAGUGUAUCUGAGAGUGAAGACGAAGAGAUGCUGGAAAUCCGACAGCUGGCAAAGCAGAUUAGAGAGAAAAAGAAGUUGAAAAUUCUGGAGUCCAAAGAAAAGAAUACACAGGGACCCAGGAUGCCGCGAACUGCUAAGAAGGUUCAGAGGACAGUUUUGGAGAAGGAGAUGCGUAGUCUUGGUGUUGACAUGGACGAUAAAGAGGAUGCCCACUACGCAGUCCAGGCAAGAAGAUCCCGGAGCAUCACUAGGAAAAGAAAGCGGGAAGACUCUGCUCCCCCGUCCUCUGUGGCCCGGAGUCGGAGUUGCUCUCGAACUCCACGUGACGUUUCUGGUCUUAGGGAUGUCAAGAUGGUGAAGAAAGCCAAGACUAUGAUGAAGAAUGCUCAGAAGAAGAUGAAUCGGUUGGGGAAGAAAGGGGAGGCGGAUAGACACGUGUUUGAUAUGAAGCCCAAGCACUUGCUGUCUGGGAAGAGGAAAGCUGGUAAAAAGGACAGGAGAUAGUGUCCGUUUGGUUGGCGUGGCUCGGCUAGACUGUUGCUGUUUAUUUCCUAGCUUGGCACAGUAUGGUUUCAUGAAAUUGGAGUUCUGUAUAAACUGAAAAAGACAAAAUAAGUAAAGCACUUGUUGCUUUGCUGAAAACUAUGGUUAACCCUAUAUAGAUGUGGGAAAUUUUUGUCACUGCACAAUAUUACAAAUAUUUUGAGUAGACAGUGUUUCCACAUUUAAUGGAGUAUCAGUUGCUUCAGAUUUUCAGAACUGGGAAGAUUUACUGGUGUAACUGGGUUGUUUUUGAUGGAGAAAAACCUCAUUUUCUUUUGUAAGAGCUGGGAGCAAACAGGUUUAUGAGUGUGUCGGAAUCCCGUGCUUAAAAUACUCUCUUAAAUUAUUUUCUAGUCUUAUUGUACAGUGUCUCAUUGUAGUCUGUCUUCAACUAUUUUAUCCAAAGUAAACCUCCAGAAGAAAGUAGUUUUCAUUUACUUAGCUCAUAUUUUGGUUUAGUUAUAGUCGCUAUUGAUUUGGCCAAAUAAAAAGGCCA